AUGGAAGAAGAAUGUCUAGUACAAGUAGAAGAGAACAAGCAAGUGAUAUUCAGGGGGUUCGUAGAGGGAACUCCAAAGGAGACAGACUUGCACGUGGUGGUUGGGAAGAAGAUUGAGCUUAAAGCUCCUCCUAAAGGCUCUGGCGCUUUUCUGGUCAAGAAUCUCUACCUCUCUUGUGACCCUUAUAUGAGGGGCCGCAUGCGUGAUUUCCACGACUCUUAUCUCCCCCCAUUCCUUCCUGGCCAGGCAGGCACUUGA